CGCCCCGCCCCGCCCGCCAUGUUCCGGCGGGAGCGCGGGGCGUACGGAGCAUGCAGGGCGCAGAGCACUCCGGGCAGUGGGUGCUCAUUGCACCAGAGGCUGCUAUUGACCCCCCUAAGACAUGUGACAGCGAACCCGUGUUUACAAAGCUGCGCAAUCCAAGCACAGGGGAAGCAACCCUUUACUUAUUCAAUAGUGGUGCUCAGCAGCUGUUUGAAGUAAAAGCUUUUCAAGAGGAACAUCGUUCUUGGUUUAUAGGUCAGACUGUUCAACAAGAUGGGCGCUUGCUGUUUGUUACACCAAUGGACCCCUUAUUUCUGAUACUUUACUACCUCAUAAAGGCAGACAAGGAGCAGCAAGGAAAGUUCCAGCCACUUGAUCAAGUUGUGCUAGACCCAGAAUACCCUAGCUGCCCAUUACUGCUGAAGUGUGCGAAUGUUAAACAGUACAUACAGCAUAUAACAGAAGAAAAAGAGAUUGGCAGUCAGAAAUUCCAUAAAUACAGCCAAGAGAAGACACUGAAGUGGUUAAAGAAAAAGGUUAAUCAAACAGUGAAAGCACUUAAAAGCAACAAUAUAUCAGUAGGUGAAAGGGUACUUGCAAGUACAUUUGUCAGCACUAAACAGAUCACAGAUACUAAAGAAGACUACGUACGGUAUGCCCAUGGGUUAAUAUCAGAAUAUAUUCCUGAAGAUCUGAGUAAGGAAUUGUUAAAAUACUUAGGGCUCCCAGAACUCAGAAACCCAGCACCAGAGCCACCAUUGAAGAUGCCUGCAAAAAGACAUGCAAAGAAGAAAUGAAAGGAGCAUAAGGAGACUCACUAAUAUUGUUUUAACUUGCCAUAAUCUCAAAGCUGCUUUUAAAGGCUUUUUUUACGCAUUUUCUGAAAAUAAACACUUGAAAUUAGACAUGCCCCGUUCCAAGAAAAAGCAAAUCUCAGCAGAUUAACAUUGUUAAAUAUGCAGUGUGUUAAACAUACACUGCUUCAAAUUUUAUAGCUUAUACACUAUUGGUCUAUCGGGCCCUUCCAGGAAAGCACUUAUGAGCAUGCCUAAUGUUAAGCACAUGAGCAGUGAUACUGAAGUCAGCACUGUUGUUCGUGUAGAUAAGUGCUUUGCUGGAUCAGCGCCUAAAGUCUUGUUAGGUGCUGAGCAUCCUGAUCCAUAUCCAGAAAAGCACUUACAUGCACCCUUAUCUUGCAGUGGAAGAGCCAGUCUAAUUUUUGUGCAUUAGUGUUCACCAUAAAAUCUCUCUUGGCACAAUGACUCAUAUGCUUAAAAUUAAGCACCUACCUAAGUAUUUUGCAAGGUCAGACCAACAGCAUCCUUGAGCAACUCUUAAAUACUUGAUUUUUUAUGAAUUUUCCUUUUUUUUUUUUACUCAUUUUUAAUAGAAUAUAUUAUUUUAGUGGACAUAAUCACAAGUUUUAGAAGCUGUAUAGCAAAAUAUGUUGUAUGCAUUUUCCUUCUUGCUUUGUCAGAAUCUAUCCAAAUUUAGCGAAGUGGCCUUUUUGGACUAGAAGUCCAAUUUUCCAAUAUAGAAUCAACCAAAAUGAAAAAAAAUGUGAACUCUAUUUUUUUAGGACAUUUGCAUUUUUUGAAAUAACUUCACUGAGUUUGAUUUACAUGAUUUUAUCCAAAGAAGGUGUCGCCUAGCUCGAGUCGUGCAGACAGUCUGACUUUUAAAUGCUAAAGCUUCAGGUACGUUGUGUGUUCAGAAAGGCAGAUGGAGAAGCUGUAUUUUUUAUUUUACUUGUUUUAUUCUAAGGAUUGAAACCUUAUAAAUAUGUAUAAAGUAACAUGUACAUUUUGUAUUGGGAACUAAACCAAAAUCUGUAUAAUCCUUCAGGUAAAAAAAAAAGAUGUAAUUAUAAUUUUUUUUAUUUAUGUAAGAGACACUUUCUGUGGAGUGAGCUUCAACCAAAAUGUCAACCUGGGUCUACGUAAGACGUGCAGAAAAUGGAUGCUAAUGAGAUCCUUAAGUGAUCUGCGUCAGAUGCAGUCUGAUGGUUUUAACUUAAAUACCUGUUUAUCAAACUACCAUUAAUAUCUAAGUCUUUACUAGAAAACUUCUUAAAAUUAAUAAUUGACAGGAUUUUGAAGAUAGUGACUGUGUACUUCUGUAAAUUCUAACUGUGACCCCAGUUCACAGACACCAAGAGCAAAUGACCAAGAUGUUCUGUGAAGCAUUCUAGAUAAGAAGGAAAUAUUUUACAUCCACUCUGGCAAGUUCUGCCUAACUUCAAGUAAAGGAGAGCUCCAAGGAGAGUUUAUUAUGACAUUGCUGAAAACUAAAUUCUAAGAGGCAAUAGCUUAUUCAAAUUUCUUUUCAACUGAUUCUGAUCAACUGUUUCAGAAUAUGAAAAGCCUGAACUUUUAACUAUAUAAAAAUCCUAUAAGAAAGGAAAGGUAAUCCGAAUGCCUAUUUUACAAAUUUGCACUGAAUUAUUUUUGUUACUAUUAUGCUUGUCUGGUUAAGCAAUGUGCACUUUCACUUUUCGAGGAAAAAAUAUUUAUUUUAACAUCAUUUUCUAGGCAGUAUGGCAAGAAUAUUAUAUGGGUCCAAGAUGAAAUUUCUAUUUUUCUAGCUUACAUUGAAAAAUGCUUGAUAUGUGAAUAAGAUGAUGUAUUUCAGUAAAAUGUGGUUCUAUUUUUU